AAGGCUUCACACCCGGACGCACCAACCUUGGCGCGCUUUUCUAGGAGCUGCGGGGUGACCAGCGUUUGUUUACCUUCACCAGACGUCUCCAGUUUUCAAUAAGUUUGCAACAUGGGAAUAUUGGGACUAGCGAAGCUUAUAGCAGAUGCUGCACCGAGCGCUGUGAAGGAAAAUGAAAUGAAGAACUUCUUUGGUCGCAAAGUGGCAGUGGAUGCAUCAAUGAGUCUAUACCAGUUCCUGGUUGCUGUUCGACAGGAAGGUAACAUGCUUACAACAGCUGAUGGAGAAACCACCAGUCACUUGAUGGGCUUCUUCUACCGUACCAUUCGUAUGGUAGAUAAUGGUAUUAAACCAGUGUAUGUAUUUGAUGGCAAGCCCCCAACAAUGAAGGGUGGAGAACUGGCCAAGCGACAAGAACGCAGGGAAGAAGCACAAAAGGCUUUAGAGAAAGCUGAGGAAGCAGGUAAUGUGGAGGAUAUAGAUAAGUUCAGCCGUCGCUUAGUGAAGGUGACCAAGACUCACUCAGAGGAGGCCAAAACCUUAUUAAAGCUGAUGGGUAUACCCUAUGUACAGGCUCCUUGUGAGGCAGAGGCUCAGUGUGCUGCACUAGCUAAAGCUGGCAAGGUUUAUGGUGUAGCAACAGAGGAUAUGGACGCUUUGACGUUUGGCACACCCGUCCUGCUGAGACACAUGACCUUCAGUGAGGCUCGAAAAAUGCCCAUUAAGGAGUUCCACUUGCCCAAGGUUUUAGAGGAAAUGGAAAUUAACCAUGAGGAGUUCAUCGACAUGUGUAUUCUGUUAGGAUGUGAUUAUUGUGAUAGUAUCAGAGGCAUUGGACCUAAGCGAGCCAUUGAACUGAUUCGUAAGCACAAAAAUAUUGAAGGAAUUUUGAAGAAUUUGGACAAGAAAAAGUAUUCUCCUCCUGAAAGCUGGCCUUACCCAGAGGCCAGAAGGUUAUUCGUUGAACCAGAAGUUAAAGACCCUGAGGAAAUUGAAAUCAAGUGGACGGAACCAGAUGAAGAAGGCUUGAUUCAUUAUAUGUGCGAAGAGAAAGGCUUCAGUGAGGAACGGAUACGCAACGGUGCCAAAAAACUAACAAAGGCACGGAAUUCUAGUACUCAGGGUCGCUUAGACUCCUUCUUUAAGGUUCUUCCUCAGCCUGCAAGUGGUGUCAAUAAGCGAAAGUCGAAUGAGAAGCCCGGGUCGGCAAAGAAGUCAAAAUCCGGAAAUAGCAAGUUCAAGAAAGGACGGUAGAAAUCUUCAUUUUGCAAAGGCAACUUUGAGUUGAAGAACAAUAAAUAGAAUCAUAUGUUAGUGGUUUGUUUGCUGAUGUACGAAUCAUGGCAGCCAAGGUAAAUUUUCUUUUCAAUUGAAGUCAUACAAUUUUAUGAUCAAUGGUUAUAUUGUAGUGUUAUGUUUAGCUUGAUGCAUAUACUGUAUUACAUUGAGUGAUAAACAUAAUUGUCACGUAGUGUGAAAUCUAAUGAAGUAUUAUUAGUCAUACAAAAUGAUACUUAUCAGUAACACUUUGUUAUUAAAAGCAACAAUGUAUUUUUGAUGUUUUAAAGGUGUAUUAUAUUGUUAUCUCAGUUAAAUGAUAAGCUGUAUGUAGAAAGUUCAACAAGUAACAUCUUAUUGUCUGACUAAAUUGUAACAUCAAAUACCAGUGUAUUUUGCAAAUUGUGCUCCACCAUUUAGUUGGUGACACUAUUAACCCAUGAGACAGACUUGGUUUUGUCAAACAUGAAAUGUGGGUGUUGUUUUGCUGUGUGUGCCAAGUCCCAGGGCUGAGCUAACCUUUUCUUGUAUGAUGGUUGGUACCCCACAAAUUGUGGGAAAUCUAAAGUGGAUUUGUUUCAGACAAAAUUAAUGUUGAUGAAUGGCAGCCUAUAUUUUUUUUUUUUAAAUCAAUGUUGUGAAAUGUUAUACCGAGUUCUCAUGAUGUACAUUUAAAACAUAACACAUGUUUUAAGGUUUCUAUAUUGGUAUAUUGUGUUAUCCAUAAAUCUUAACAAAAAUGUC